UUUUGCUUUUCUACAAAGAGAAAAGUCAUUACGGCUAACUGACUAGUGAAUAAAGGCAAUUAAACACCAUGUCUGCAGGCCACAUACCCGUCGUCGUCGGUGUCGAUGUGGGUGGUACCAACACAGACGCCGUCGUCCUAUCGCUGGAAAAAAACAUGCCACAAGUGUUAUCUGCUGUCAAAGAGUUGACGACCAGUGACGUCACAACGGGCGUCAAGAGAGCCGUCCAUUCAGCUCUAGUCAAGGCACACGACAAAGGUCACGAGAUUGCUGUUGUCCAGAUGAAUAUCGGAACAACACACUUCGUCAAUGCCGCAGUCCAGGGCAAGGAUCUGGCCAAGAUCGCAGUGAUACGCCUGUGUGGGACAGUGUCUCAUGCACUGCCUCCGUUUAGUGAUUUUCCUCGUCAUCUCAAGGACGUCAUCUGUGGUUCUGUACAUCUUGUUGAUGGAGGAUAUAGGUUUGAUGGAAGAGAGAUUGAUCCUGUUUCUAAUGAUCAGAUCUACAAAGUUGUUAAGGAAAUAAAAGAUGCUGGCAUAUCUGGGAUCGUUCUCAGUGGGGUGUUCUCUCCUGUGCGAAAUGAGCAGGAAAUAUUUGUGGCUGAUCUUAUUCGCAAUAUGUUUCCUGAAGACCCUGACUGGGAUCCAAGCAUCACUCUUUCUCAUGAGAUUGGCUCCCUUGGAUUACUGGAAAGAGAAAAUGCUGCUAUCCUUAAUGAAUGUCUGAAGCCUUUGUGCAAGAAGACUAUUCUUGGCUUCCAUGAUGCUCUAACUGCUGCUGGAUUAACCUGUCCAAUCUUCCUGACACAAAAUGACGGAACUCUGAUCAACUCAGAAAAUGUAAUUCAUCACCCAGUUCAUACGUUUGCAUCAGGCCCUACCAACAGCAUGCGAGGAGCUGCUUACUUGUGCGAUGUCAAGGAUGCAAUUGUGAUUGACAUUGGUGGCACCACGACAGAUGUGGGAGUCUUAAAGAACAAAUUCCCUCGAGAAGCUGCAACUAAUGUCAAAAUUGGAAAUGUACGAACCAACUUCCGUAUGCCUGAUGUGCUGAGCAUUGGUCUUGGAGGUGGAUCGUAUAUAGUACACAAUAAAACCGAUGAUGGACAACUGCAGGGUGUGACAAUUGGUCCAUUAAGUGCAGGAUUCAGAUUAAUGGAAGAAGCAAAAGUAUUUGCCUCAACGUCCGAUGACUCGGGACGAAAAUUAACUACAACUGACAUAGCUGUUGCAGGUGGCUUAUGUCAACUUGGUAAUCCAGAAAAUGUAAAGAACAUUUCAAAAGAAACUGUUGAAGCAGCACUGAACAAAAUUAUUCAGAUGAUUGAGGAAUGCAUUGAUAAAGUCAAAUUCACUGACCAGAAUCUGCCAGUUAUACUUGUAGGAGGCGGGAGUAUUCUUCUUAACCCAAACAAGCCUAUUAAAGGUGCAUCAAAAGUGAUUCGACCAGAACAUUUUGGAGUGGCUAACGCUAUUGGAGCAGGACUGUGUCAGGUUUCUGGAACUGUGGAGUCGGUCGUUAGUAUGAUGGACAUGCUGGAUGUUGAACUGAUGAACCUGAAGGUCAAAGAAGCUGUUGACGCUGUAACAGACGACCCUGAUGGAAAAGAGCGAGAAAUAGCUGAACAGAAUGCCAGGAAGCCGUUUUUUGUGGCAGCUAGAGACAUGGCUCUAGCUGAUUACAUAGCUAAGGCAACAGAGAUAGCUAUCAAAGCAGGAGCUGAUCCAAAGUCCAUUGAAAUAAUUGACAAAGUAGAUAUGACAUUAUCCUAUCUACCUGGCCAAGCAACUAGAAUCAAGAUAAAGGUUGUUGGAAACAUGGUUAGUUUUACAACUACCAAUAAGGACCUUGAAGCAUGGAAACCAUCAGAACUUACAUCAGCUGGUGACACAAAGACAAAAACGUCAACUAUAUCAAUUGAGAAGCAAGAAUACACCUCCACAGGACAGAAGAUUUCUGGAAAGAAUAUAGAUGGCGAUGCUAUGAAACAUCCAUUGGAACCUUCGAUUGAUAAGAAAAGCGGCGAGUGGAUUUUAUCAGAGUGGGAUAUAGAAUGCAUUGUUGUCGGUGCAGGCAUUUUUGGUUGUGGUGGUGGAGGUAGCCCCCAUCUCGGUCGACUCAGAGCAUUAGAAGCAGUCCGAAAUGGCAAAAAGAUCAGAAUCGUGACUCCAGAAUUCCUACUGAAGAAUGCUGAUCCAGAUAAUGAUUUGGUAGUUGCAGUGGCAUUUAUGGGAGCUCCAUUAAUCAUGUACGAGCAACUUGUGUCUUCCGUGGAGACGACUGGAGCACUGAAAUGCAUGGAAGAUCUCUAUCAAAUAGGCCAAUACAAGGACAAUACCAUCCUAAACACACAAGGAGUGGAAAUUAAGACAAGGGCAGGUAUGACAUUCAUUGAUGAUUAUCAACAAAGAUUUAAAGAUGAAGGUAGUAGUAGGGCUAAAAGAAUAGGGCAAAAGACUAUCAAAGCAUUGAUGUCUGCUGAAAUAGGCGGAAUGAAUGCCUUAGAACCGUUCUUGGUAGGUGCCAACCUUGAUAUUCCAGUAAUAGAUGCAGACGGAAUGGGCAGAGCAUUUCCAGAGCUCCAGAUGUUUAUUCCUUACAUGUAUGGAGUGAAACCAUAUCCUGCUACAUUGGUUGAUCAUAAAAACCGUAGAGCUGUAAUGCUGGAAUCACCAUCAGCAAAGCAACUGGAGAAUUAUUUCAGAGAUACUGUCAUAGAAAUGGGUUGUUGUGCAGCGGUAACAUUCACACCAAUGACAAAGUCCGAUGUGAUGACUAAAUGCGCCCAACACUCCAUAAGCCGUGCAUGGCGUCUCGGCAACGCCAUUCUCAAAGCUCGACUUGAAAAGAAAUCACCAGUCGAUGCAAUUCUUGCCACCGAGACUGCGAUUCAUGUUCUGACGGGCAAGAUUUCUGAUGUGAGAAGAGAAACCACUGGAGGUUUCAACGUGGGAAGAGUCAUCAUUGAAGGUCUGGAAGAAUUUGCAGAACAGAAAAUCCUCAUAGAGUUCCAGAACGAGAAUCUCAUUAUUAUUCCUCUUGACAAAGACGGGAAGCACGGAAAGUCAAUGGCGUGUGUCCCUGACAUGAUAUGCAUCAUUGAUGCCGACACGGCUGAGCCGAUACCCACUGAAGAGGUCCGGUAUGGAACGAGAGUCUCGGUUGUGGUAAUUGCCUGUGCGCCGAUUCUUCGAACUCCGACUGCUUUAAAAUUUAUUGGACCUCAAGCCUUCAGAUAUGGGGAAGAAAUCCAGUUUGAGCCUUUUGGUGAUGCAAAGCCAUUUUGCCCUGUUGGUCCAAAAUAAUACUUAGGAACAGUUACACAAGCACUAGCCUUCUGACAUGAUAUAUUUUAAACAUGCUACCUUAAGGAACUGGAAAUAUGUAUGUGAUUAGAUUUUAUGUUUAAAAGUAUGUAUUUAUUGCCUAGGUCAUGAAUAAUAUAUAGUUAUCCUUGAUGAGGGCAAUCAUGCUUUGUUAGCUUACAACAAUUUUCACAAUACUAUGUUUAGUACUACUACUAUUUUUAUUUCUUAUUAUUACACGCUUUGGUGUACAUAUCAGUAAUAUCAUGCACAAAAUGGUAGGGAAGUUCCCAAUAUUUUAACUAAACAUUGCGUAUUUUAUGUACAUGUAUGUUAAUUAUUGUUUAUUAUUGUUCGGUUUCCAUUUUAAGUCGUUUGUUUCAGUAUUUAUCCUACAUUUCAAUGUUCUGUACAUUAUAUGUACAUAUUUUAUAGUUGUUUGUGAAGGGUUUUAUGUUUUUAAUACAAAUUGAGAGUCAGUAAAUGUGAAAAUACACUUGCAUAUAUAUUUUCUUAGUCUUCAACUGGUUUUGAGUGAUGUAUUAGAUAUUACUGUGAUGUUAUAUACAUGUAUAAACUAAAAUUACUUCUGUCAAUAUAUAAAAUGUAACUCAAUAAACUCUUUAAA